GUGGUUUCAACUGGUCUCAUUCGUGCACCCAUCUUCUUCUACCUCCAUUCGAGGGUUUGUACAUUCAACAUUACACUCUGAGAGAUGACUUCUGAUGUCUACCGUGCCCGCUCAACAACGCCAACUUUCUCAAACGAACGCGGCCAAGGAACUUUCGUAUCAUUAGGCUCCCUGCCCAGACGAAAGUUUCAAUCUCCCACUUUUUCACAGGGUCGCAAGUUGGCAGCAUUCCAUAUUCAUGGUGCUGACGACCCCGAUGAUCGCUUGUCUGAUUCCCCGGACGAGCAGACCACUAUUCAUGCCAUACCCCCAGUGAAAAAUUCACAGGGCGCUUUCAAAUCACCCCCGGCUGUUCCAUUUCCCUGCCGUUCCCCCUCUCCCCCUCCUUCAUCCCCUCGACCACAACCAUGUCGUGCAUCAUCAAUAAUUCUUCCUAAUGGGAAGCUACUCAAGUCAUCACUUAAAUCAUCAACUUCUACCCUCUCCAUCACAACUCCUCCACUUGAACCACAGCGCAUUAGUAAUCAUCUCCACUUACGUUCCCGAUCCGAACCAUCCACCCCUACUGCGCAUGCUCCCAAAAAUGUGCACUUCCCCGAUACUGACAUUGGCCUGGCCUCUAUUCGCAUUUUCAGCCGCUCAGCCCGUCCAGCAGCAGUCAGCACACCCGAUGAUGAAACGGAGACUGAAGGCGAGGAUCAGCCGUCAACUGGGUUCCCCUUCCCAAAAUUCUCCUCUACGAUACCGAAUUUCGAGAUGGACACCGCUAUCUCAUCGGUGGUGCCCACUACUAAUCACCCCCAUCAUGCGAAUAUCCUAAUCGAAUCACUCACUUUCUCGCAAGCUUCAUCAAAAGGCGUUAACCCUUAUUUAAGCGGUACCCUUUUGGUGCGCAACCUGGCAUAUGAGAAGCAUGUCGCUGUCAGGUUUACCCUCGACGAAUGGCAAACUGUCAGUGAAGUGAGAGCGCAACAUGUUGUUUCCGUUCCAUCACUUCCGCCCGUAUUUUUACUGUCUUCCUCGUCGAAAACAACUGUUGGCGACCUCGUUGCUCUAGGGCCAGACAAGCGCGGGUGGGAUCGUUUUUCUUUCCUUAUUCGCUUGGAGGACUAUGCACACAGCUUGGGGUCACGAGUGUUGUGGCUUGCUGCACGUUAUAGGGUGCAUUCGACAUAUCUUUCGUCGAAGGAAGUUUCUGGUCCUGGUGGUGAAUGGUGGGACAACAACAAUGGCGGAAACUACCGUGUUGCUUUCCGCCCAGCGCGAUCGACAUCUAGCAGGACUCGAAGAGAGACAACACCUGAACCUAUUAUACCUUCAAUGGUGACACUACCCGCGCCCCGUGAAUAUACUCCCAGCUCAUUUACUUUGCCAUUGAGUUCAAAUUCUCCCUCGACAUUCGGACACAAUAUGACAUUCUCGCCUUCCUCACCAACGAAAGAGGGGAAGGAGAAAGUUUCAUCACCGUCGAGGUCAGGGAAGCUCCGUCUCACUAACUAUGCUGCACCUCCUGUGGUCUCCCAUGUUUCUCCCACUUCCUCUUCGUCUCCAUUGCCUACGCAGCGCUCUGAUUCUCCACCCUCAUCUCCCUCGCCAGCCCAACUCCCAGCGCUCCAAGUCUCUAUCACGCAAUCGCGUGACUGCGAUUCCCCUUCACCUGCUUCUUCGACGCUCUCGACGCCCUCCGCUUCACCCAACAUAGCCCCGCGCGUGAUGAUUGGCGGGCAUCCAGCGAACUACGCAUGCCCUCAGCCGACGCAUAUUGAUGACUGGGAGUGGAUGGCGCCGACACAAGCUAUCAUGUCGAAGCGGCCAACCGCGCAGAGGAAUGUCACAGAUGGGCCAGCUGAUCUUGCCGUAUCAGGUGUGCCUGGAGAUUCGCUGUAUAAUGCGUUUGUGACGCGGUGGUGCUUUGCCCAAGGGUCGCCCACUGCGGGUUCAUAUCACGGGCCACUCACAGGCAAUGACGAGGGUAUUUUGGCGUGAGGGUGCAAUUUUGGAGAAAAGACUUGUACGAUCUUGACAACCUGGACCUCACCAUAACCGUUGCCCACCUUCGACGGUAGCACUCAUGCACUCAAGCUAUGUAAGCACAUACACGCUGCUGUAGCUGUUUGUGCACCCCAUCUCUUGCUUCGAUUCGAAAUGUUUCUGUCCCUUUGUAUUUAUUUCGGAUCUCUUCAUGAUCCGUACUCAGCUGUACUAACACCCCACCAUCUCAUGCUACUGACAUCAUAUCGUUCCUACUGCACACGUCUUGUGGACAAUAUUUUCCCCUUGUUUAGCACCGGAUUCUGCUUCCCUUUCAUAUACCUACCCACUCUAUUAAAAGCGCUCAGCGCACCGCAUUGACAUAUCACACUCUGACGUUCAUGUACUCUCUGUUGUAUAAUAAGCAUGCAUACUUAUCAUAGGGAUUUUGGAAUACUUACAUGGUGCUAUUGAAAAUCGUGGAGCACUUGUUCUUUAAAACUCCGCU